AUGAUCCCGAAGAAGCUCCCACCACUCCCCCCGAUUCGCGACCUCAUCCGUGUCUACGGCCUCUCUGCCAACCAAAAGUUUUCCCAGAACUUUAUCCUCGACAAGAACGUCACCGACACGAUUGCUCAGCAUGCCAAAAUCUCCGUAGAGGACGAUCUCGUAGUCGAGCAAUUGUCGGAGGCGUCGGAUCAGAGACUCAAGUUUAUUAUGGGCGACAUGCUGGAGCUGGAUCAUGCAGAGAUAUUCAAGACCGCACUGUCAAUACCAAACGCCUUCCCUGUCGUCUCAACCCUUGAGGACGAACCAUCUCAGGGACAGGAACAAGAACAGGAACAAAACAACAUUGCCAGUGGGAGCAGCAGUUGGCCGGCAAUGGACACCAACAACUCGACGAUACGACUCUUGGGUAACCUACCCUUCGGCGUCGCGUCACCACUCCUGAUCCAAUGGCUCAAGAUGAUGUCGCUCCGUCAAGGGAUCUUCCACGCCAACAAUAAUGUCUCAAUGACGUUGAUGUUCCAAAAGGAGGUUGCUGAACGGAUUGUGGCGCCACCAAACCAUCCUCAGCGAAGUCGUCUCUCUGUGAUGGCGCAGGCGCUGUGUGAUGUCAAGAUGGCCUACAAGUUGUCUGCGGGCGUGUUUGUUCCGAAGCCCAAAGUCGAUGCUGCUGUUGUGCACUUUGAAAAGAAGGCUGAGCCUCUCAUGCCUGGAUCGCUGGUGAAGCUGGAGGAUGUGGCGAGGUUUUAUUUCAACAAGCGGAGAAAGACGAUGGGGCACAAUACGAACAGGAUGGCCAAGUUAGCACCUGAACUGCGCCCGAUUCUGGAUGAAUGGAUUGCGGAAGGAGGGUGGGAUAUGAAUAUGCGGACACAGGAAGUGAGUACGGAACAGUUUUGUGCUCUUGCGCGGCGGUUAGACCAGGAGCAAAUCAAGAUCCCUCUCACUUAG